AUGGUUCUUUUUUACCAAGGCACGUGGAUACUUCUCCUCCUGACGCUGUCUUUAAUCCUGGCUGAAGGUGGAAAGAUCCUGGUGGUACCUCAGGAUGGAAGUCACUGGCUCAGCAUGCGCCCAGUAGUGGAGAAACUGCAGCAAAAGGGACACGAGGUUGUUGUGCUUGUACCCUCCACCAGUCUGUACAUGAAGUCAGAAGAGCAUCAGAAUUACACAGUGCAAGCCUAUCCAAUCCCUUACACAGAGGAAUACCUGGGGGAAAUGCUCAAGGCCUUUGUUCAUGCCCAUUUUCUUGAGCAGUCUGUUUGGAAUGUUGUUCUGACCUCGUAUCAAAGCACGAUAGAAAUCUCCUCGGUCUUCUUCACCAACUGUAAGAGCCUUCUGCAGAACGAGGAGCUGAUGCAGUACCUGCAAGAGAGCAAAUUCGACUUGAUUUUCACAGAUCCCAUCCUGAUGUGUGGGCCCCUGGUGGCUGAGUAUCUUGCCCUUCCUUCCGUCUACUUCCUGCGGGGCUUUCCCUGUGGAAUGGAUGCUGCUGCUACCCAGUGCCCAAGCCCUCCUUCCUAUGUCCCCAGGUUAUUCUUGGAUAAUUCAGACAGCAUGACCUUUUCCCAGUGGGUGAAGAACAUGCUGGUCAAUCUGCUGGAGCUCUUCUAUUGUAAGCCCAUUUAUGAUAAUUUUGAAGAGCUUGCAUAUGAGGUUUUCAAAAAGAAAGUGACAGUGACAGAACUCCUGAGCCGUGGAUCCUUCUGGCUGAUGAGAUAUGAUUUUGUCUUUGAGUUCCCGAGGCCAGUGAUGCCAAACAUGGCUUUUAUUGGAGGGAUCAACUGUGUUCAGCAGAAAAAACUGUCUCAGGCGACGGGGUUCACGCAUGGUGGGGAUGGACGGAGACGAGAUCUCUUUGAAGCCAAGUCGUGA